CCAAAGGUGAAAUGGCUUAUACCCAUCACCAUGUACACACAAGAAUAAGUACAGUCAAGCGUUUGCUAUAGUACAGCGGCGAGUCAAACAAUUGAGCGGUAGCGACAGUGUCAUAUUUGGUAUCUAGACAGUUGCAUGGCCUGGGAUUAUACUUCAUAGAGAUGCCUAGCGGCUCUAAUAAUGAUUCCUGUCUGAUAUCGUAUUCUAACAGCAAAGAACCUUUUUGUCUUGCAUGAAGCAAUCGUUUAAUUCAGGAGUAUGCUAUGUCUCACGCCGUAGAGGGUGUUACAAAGUCGAACACAAACAGAACAAAACGAUAAUAAAGAGUGACACGGAGUAUACAUCAUUUUGAGAAUUCAUGUCCGCGUAUGUCGAUACCCAGAACGUUGGUAAGGUAGGUAGUGUAGGUGUGUUCAUAUUGAGCGUUGUGUUCUUACACGCACACACAAACAAACACAUAAACGGUUCUAUCAACGCACACACCACAGAACCAACUCCUAUAUUUACUGCUGCGUUCGCGUUUCUAAUUUUAGUUUGCCAUGUGCAACUGAGUGACUGUCUGGAAAGCUGAGGUGGCCUAGGCCGUCACUCUCUGUUUGUUGAUUAGGUUACUGGACUAUAUCCGAUGGCUUGGCACCUGACGAGAUCUUUGUCAGGGGUGCGAUCAGGAUAAGUGACCUGACAUCCGAUGGAUGAUUCCGGCCCCACAAAGGAAGCCAGAAAGCAUAUGAAAUUUUGCAUGACCUCAGAUGUCGAUAGAGUGGGGAAUCCAACGGUGCUCAACUCUGAUGGGGGUGGCGUCGUCGUGGCGGUUGGUCGGUCUUGACGGGGGGAUCAAAGGUUCCUCACUUUGGACUUUCGGCUCCUGACGGCUCCGUAUGCAGGACGGAAGGAAAAAAUAGAAAAAUAGAAAAAUAGAAAAAAGCCUGGAAGCUUCUUGG